UAUUCUAGAAAGGUCCCCCCACAACCUUUUAAAUACUAUGCAAAAAGGUCAGCCAGUGCUAAGACUGAGGAGAGAGAAAAAGCGACUCGGAACAGCAUGGCUCUCGUCCCUGCACCAGCCACCGACGGACCACUGUUCGCGGAGGUGGAUAUGGGCGGCAGCGACUCCGCUCCGACGGUUCGAGCCACCGUGGUCCAGGCCUCCACCGUCUUCUACGACACCCCUGCCACCCUAGAUAAGGCUGAGAGAUUGCUGGCUGAGGCAGCCUCGUUUGGUUCCCAGCUAGUUGUGUUUCCGGAAGCCUUUGUGGGUGGUUAUCCUCGUGGCUCAAAUUUUGGUGUUACAAUUGGUAACCGCACAGCUAACGGUAAAGAGGAGUUCCGGAAGUAUCAUGCUGCAGCCAUUGAUGUGCCUGGUAUGUCCUUUUGUGUUUGGUCUAGGCAAAUUCACUCUCCUCUAAUCCCAAUAAAACCCCCAAUCUCAACCACUCAAACAACCCCCAAAUCAAAUCCAACAAUCGGAUUCAGCGUCAUUAUUUCACCAUCAGGCACUGUUCUAGCGGGCCCCAAUUAUGAUGGGGAGGCACUUAUCUCUGCUGAUCUAGAUCUUGGGGAAAUAGCACGUGCGAAGUUUGGUUUUGAUGUGGUUGGGCAUUAUUCAAGGUCGGAAGUGUUUAGUCUAACUGUGAGGGAUCAUCCAACCGACCCAGUCACUUUUACAUCAGCAUCUGGGAAAACCGAAGGCUCUCACAAUUAGGUACUGGAAUCCUCUGCUGAAAACUGUUUGAAGUACUUGCUUGAAUACCAGUCGAUUCUUCAUCAAUAAUUGAUGGUUGAUGAGCACCAUCCUCAUUACUAGAGUCUGAUGAAUUGGCUGUCAUUGGCAUUGUAUUGAGAAUCUUCUGUUACAUGGUUGCAUUUGCAUGUAGUUAUGAUCAAGAAUGUAUCUGGUCAUUUACGUGUCUGUUGCCAAAAUUGUCAAAACUUAUGUUCUGUACAUAUAUCAUAUAUGUAUCAUUUCCCAGUUGUAAGUGCUCCUUCCAAGUGGUGAUGAGUGUCAUGACCAAGAAACUACCUUCUCCCAGUCGAAAUUGAUAAUGUUGUUAUGCGCUAUAUGCAUCUAUAUCAUCUCUAACUUAAUUCAGGGUGCUCAUUUAUCCGAAAAAAAAAAAAACCUUAAUUCAGGCUGCUCAUUGCAUUGAUUGAAUCAUCA